GUCGAUUGCUUAUAUUCGAACCAAGUUGAGGCAAGAUGGCAUCUCUAGGACAGAUCUGCUCCAACUGGGCCCCCAGCAGCACCAGCAGCACCGACUGCAAAAAGAGUGGCAAGUACGGUUGCAAGAAUUGUCAAUUAGUCGCUUACUGUGGUCAGUCAUGCCAGAAAGCGCACUGGCCCCUACACAAGGCCGCGUGCCGGUCACCCUUGCGCAAGGAUACCUGGCAACCGGCUUGGAUUGUUGAAAGCCGAACCCCAGAAUUUAUGGGUGCGGGACUUGGGGUCGUCUUCGGCGACAAGAAAUAUCUCUGGGGAAAUGUCCCUGCCUUUGAUUUGUUACGGCUGGAUGCAAACGAAGGAAGUGACUACGAUGGCGAUUUACGUAUUUUGUGUGCUGCUUCUGGGGACCUCCGGCAUAUUGUCAAAACCAUCGCCCAAUUACCGAGCAGCUACAACGGUGCAGUCGAGAUAACCUUGAAUGACCGAGAUCCCGACAUUGUAGCGCGCAAUAUAAUUCUGCUUCUGGUUGCCAUGGUUGUUGAGGAUAUUGAUGCCGCAUCGGAUUGCAUGGUCCAUCUCUGGUAUUCAGCGCUCGUCCGCGAGUCAGAUCUGAACAUCUUGCACCAGCAGAUUCGCCCCCUGAUCAUUGAUGUCUGCACGAAGAUUGCAGAUAAAUCCUGUGCUACUCUCCAUGGGAAGACAUGGACUUUUGGGCAGCGCUCUGUCAGGGUCAUACUUAGGAAAUCGUCAUGGAGCGGUCUUCUGUCAUUCCUUGACAUGCCUGCCGGCUUAGAUACUCACCAAGCGCAGACACGCCGCACCAAGGUCACCCUAGCGGAAUCAAGGAAGGAUUAUCGAGAUCGAUACAUGUGUUUAAUCCCUAGUUCUCACCGAGUCCCGUUCAGCAGGUUCCGCGAGGAUGGUCUCCUUCUCCCGUUUGGUUUCCCCAGGCAUGACUUCCAAGUGCCUAAUCCAACCUUUUUCCAGAACGAUAAAACGUGGCCGAUGCCAGACAAUGCAGACCCUCGGCACGGGUGGCCUGCAGAGGACGUCGCAAGUACACCCUCUGGCGCAGCUAGUGCCGAUAUAUAUGGGAAGCUGUAUUUCUAUCUGCGAAAAAUGCUAUCAUCAUCCUUGGCUCGCCUUCGCGGCCUCAAAGGGGCCUCGUUCGAGCUGUUUCAAGUCGACGCGACUGCUCUCCCUGAGCUUCUCGGACCGGGCUCCUUCGCUCGAAUUGAUGUCUCCAAUAUAUCGGAUAGUGGCUGGCUAGGAAUCCACCGUACACUGGUCUAUAUGAUCCCGCUACUCCAAAACAAGGUUGAUAAUCCGCAUGCAACGCUGAUAACCCUCUUCAUGAACGCGGUGGACGAAACCAUGACAGACGAAGACAGGAUGCGAGAUAUGACGCAGAACAGCACAUCUUCGCGAAGGCUCUUACAGUAUCUCCCGCCCAGCGGGAGUCUCGUUUCUAAAUAUGAUUCGAAGGUUAUAAAAUUCAACAUGGGACGAGAUCUGGUCACGGAGUAUGACGAUGUGUUCAACAGAUAUUGUGAUGAACUCGAGUUCCGGAAAGCGGGCGAGCUUCUAGGUGCUGUUGUGAAGGCAAAACAUACGGUCAUUAAGAAGUGGCCGUUCAGGCUGAAGUUGCGACCCGGGCAAACGGGCGCUCACGAGGAGUUUUCUCGGUGCUUGAGUGCUGGGGUGUCUAGUAAAGAGCGAUAUGUAGAAUGGAGCAGGACUGACUAGGGCAAUUUCGGUGUAUAGAACAACACCUUUUGAUUGUGCCCUAGGCUUUCAAUGCAUGCUUAUCUUCGUUUUUGGGCUUUUCGUCUCUUGAUAUCCAGGCCACAUUAAUAUAAACACUUAACCCCUAGGUGAAUGUGACUAGGGUUAGGAAACAAACGCAUAUCUUUUAUGGGAAGCUGAAGGCACAGCCUCCUGCAC